AACCAUCGUGUGGUUGACCUUGACAGCUACGAGAGAACAAUGGGAAGCUCCACCGCUCUGGAUAAUGAGAUGCAUGAAUUUGGCUACGACGCAUCCCAUCUUUGCGUCGAUCUCUCUAACCCCAUUGACCUUGACCUGCUGGACCACGUCCUUCAGUCCCGAUGGAAAUCCUCGAUGGAGCGAGGUCACUUUCGAUACAUGCUGCCUAGCCCGAUCCCAUCCACCAUCCUGCCCGGCCGCUACAACUUCAUCCUCCAGCUCAAUCCUGAUCGAGGGUCCAAGCGACGGCCACCCGAGCAGAUCGCCACCCUCACCCAACCCUUCGACCCCACACGUUUUCACUUCAACCUAGUGGCUCCUCAAGAAGUCCUUCUCCAGCUGAGACCCUGGUGGGACGACCAGGCUCACGACCAUUCCCUCCUCAUCAACGUAUCGCCGCUGGAGACCGGUCAUGUCCUGCUCACCCCCCAUCGCUCCCAAAAUCGGGCUCAAGCCCUGAGUCGGGAUGGACUUCGACUCGCCCUCGAACUCGCCCUGCUCAGCCGUGACCCCAAUUUUCGCGUGGGUUUCAACUCCCUCUGUGGCUACGCUUCAGUCAAUCAUGAGCACUACCAUGCAUACUACUUGCAACAUCGACUCUACUUGGAGACUGCGGCUCUGCGGCCCUUAAAAUCGCCCACAAACACCGGCUCAAGUUCAUUCUGCUUUGAGCUGGUCGAUUAUCCUGCCCCCGCUCUCGUAUGGACUCUGGAACGGGUGGAAGACCUUUCCGCCCUUGUGGAGAGAGUCAUGACGGUGGCGAAGCACCUUCACGCCACCAACACGGCCCACAACAUGUUCAUCACCAGGGGCGAAACUUGUAGUGCUUCCUCUUCUACUCCUGCCACCCCUUCUCAUCACUCCUGCCUCCGAGUCUUCCUCUGGGCCAGAGAGUCCAGUUUCGGUUCGAAAGAGAGUGACGGAUUCAAUCCAGCCCUGUGCGAGUUGGCUGGUCACUUCCCCUGCAAGAGCGAAGAAGCUUAUGGAAGGCUGAAGGAGGAUGGACUCGUCGCCAUUCUGAGAGAUCUGUGUGCCAAAUCAUUUGCCUGCCUUCGUGCAGCCCUCGUGGAAGGCCAGUUUGAUAAUGUAGCUUAAUUGUUGUCUAAUUAGGUUAAUAUGGAAUAUUAAUUACAGUUUAAUGUCAAUAAGUUUGUCAAUUUAAUGAUCCCAAGUUUUCUAUUACACACCGUACAUAUAAAUGCCACAAAAACGAGA